AUGAACACAUGUCAGAAACCGAAUCAGACUGCAGGGCUUGAUAGUGCCGAUUUCGAGGAGACCGAGGAAGGAGAAGUGCCGGAGGUGUCCACCGAUACGGGGAGCACUUCGAGUGUGGAAGUAGUGGGGGCGGACGACGCCCACCCAUCGACAUUUGGUCGUCGAAUGGAAGAGGCCGAGGCCGAUGUGUCGUUUGCCGAUCCUAGGGAAGGCGUGCUGACGGUGGUCACCGGCCGACAAAGGAUACCGAUGGCGAAGCCAAAGGACCUUGUGUUCGGGGUGGACCACCUAGAGCCGAACGUCUUGACCGAGGCGGAGGUGGCGAAGGUUCGGGCCUUGUACAACAUUCCGGAAUUGGUAAAGAUGCGGAUCCUAGGGUCGUUGGAAUCGCUGACCAAUCCGAAUAGGGAGGUGGUCUUCUUCACGGAUGUCUUCAAGCACGGGCUUAGGUUGCCGCUGAGACAUUCGGAGCAGAAGAUCCUGGCAGAGAUCAGCUACGCCCCUGGGCACUAUGAGCAAUUCGCCCAUCAGUACAGUGUGACGAGGGCGAAGACCGCCGAUCAAGGGGGGUGGGGUGUAGUCGAACUGUCUGUCGGCGGGGCAAAGGGGGCAUUUCGUAGUCGGGGUGCCAACCUCGCAGAAGACCUGGCGUCGGCGUCGGGUGUUGGUGUCCGGAGCUUGGGAAUCGGCGACGGGAUUGAUUGUGAAGAGGCAUAUCCCCACUGCCUUCCAGACAUGUCCUUAAAACGGUCGAUCGCUACGAAAAGUGAGAUAGAAGUGAUCGAGUGCGUUCGGUCAAUGAUAGCUGAGGAGGGUCGUGUGCACAAGGCUCUGCUAGACUACAAGAACUUGUUCAAAGCGAGUCUGAUCAGCAAGCCUGAGUACCUCCGAAGGAAGGAGUGGGCUCGUGGGAGGGCAAUAACUGAAGCGACUAUGAGGAGGCUCGAGUCGCGGGCCCCUCAGAAGAAGAAAACCAGUUCCUCGAGGCCGAAGACGAAGCCGCCCCGUCAGGCCGAGGGUGCAUCGGCACAGGAGGGCACGCGAGGCGAUCAGCGGCGGGAGAGAAGGGUGGCGGAGGCUGAGCUGAUCCGAGAGGCCCAUCUCCAGGUCACCGGAAAAAGGGUGAUCAAGGGUGCUCUCGAUGUGACCCCUCUACCGAAGAGGCCAAGUGGGGCCAAACAAGGAAGCAAUCGUCCUUCUGUCGGACGAGGAGGAUGCCGAAGUGGAGUUGGUGAACAUCGCAUGCCCCUGGAACAUGGUACCGUUCGUGAACUGCUUCAUCGACGAUGCUCAGAUGGAGCUCCCGGAGCUGGAGCAGCUGCCGAUGAAGUCGGUGCGCGAACAGGCCGGACUUGCCUUCCGCCUCCAAGUUGCCGUAAGUAUGCUUACCUUAGUUUUGUCCAAGGGUUGAGGCGAUGGGGAAGUGCUAACGUUUGUGUUGUGUUGCAGGCUAACAUGGAGAUGUGGCUCGGCAUGAAGCGGGCUAUCAAUGCGGCCGAGCGUGUCCAGAGGAAGUACGACGAGGGCCAAGCCAAAAUCGCUGAGGUUGGGAAGCUACCCCAGGAUGCGGAUUGGCAUGCGGAGAACGCUGCCAAGAUAACCGUGCUAUCCUCCAAGUUGGCGGAAGCCGAAGGGCGACAAUGGAUGCCAAAGAGGCGAGGGCGAGGGCAGAGUCGGCGAAGGAGGCCGAGCGUCGAUUUCGGGCGACGGAGCUGGAGGAGGCCAUACAAUGCGAGGAUCUCAUCGUCCCCGAGGUUCAAGCACAUCAAUGCUGAUAAAAAACUGAACAUGAACUUCGUCCGGGAUCCGCCGCAGUUGCCCGAGAGGGUAACCGAGGAGAUGGUCGAGGCGUACCUCGGAGAGGAUGCCGAAGUCGAUUCCUCGAGCGGCUCAAAAUCGGACGGUGAGGAGGAAGAAACGACUCCCACUGCCGAGCCGUUGAGUGCCCGAGAAGAUGAGGGCGAGCCGGCACUGCCCGAGGCCGAUCCUCCAACUCCUUGA